UAAAAUCCAAGUUCUUAACUGGCUCAAGAACGGUAGUUUCACUGUCUCUAAACGCACGCCACUUGACCUUUAAAGAUGACGAGGUUGAUCAAUUUCGUGCGCCGGAAUUACAGAGCUGUUCGAGACGCAGAGUUGCUUCAAGUCUUGCAAUCGGAGCUCAAAUACGAGCAAUCUUCGAGCACGUUUCAGAGGCGUCAGGCCGGUUCUUUGGGGGAUUUCGUAUUGGAAUGGGACGCACCUCAGUCCCAAGACGUGGUUCUGAGGAGGAGAUAUGAUUGGGGAGAAGAGAUCGCCAUUUCAGCUUUGCUGGGUCCUAAUGCUCUUGAAGGAGAGGGUUUGCUGCCAAGGCAAGCUUUGAUGAAAGUUUGCGUGAAAAAGCAGGGACUGAACUCUGUUCUGCAGUUUGAUUGUCGUAUUUCAAGGAAAGGUGAUGAUGGAUCUGAGUUUUCCAUAUACAAUGCCUAUCACCAUCCAUCUUCGAAUUGCUUUAGAGAUUCGGACUACAGAGGCCCCUUAUUCAGCUCUUUGGACCCCAACUUACAGGAAUCAUUAAAGAACUAUCUGAUCUCAAGGGGAAUUGGGGAAGAUUUGACAACCUUCCUUCUCUCCCACCUGCAUAAGAAGGAACAGGGUCAAUAUGUGAGUUGGUUGCGUAAAUUGGAAGCCAUUGUAGCAAAAGAAACAUGAGUUUUUGCUUGAGAAAAAUCAACUUUUGGUUUAGCUAGUGCAUUUUCAGUUGGGGGAAUGUUUUGUUCAACCCCCCAUCACAACCCCCAAAUUCAAAUUGCUUUUCUGGUUUAUUUUUUAGGUAAUCAUUGUGGGAUUUUGUGUAUACUGUACAUUUUAAUUUCUGGGAUGACAACUAAGUUUAAUAUGACAAUUAGCAAUA